AUGUCUCGGUUACAGUUCAACGGCCACAUUCACACCCCUCCUGCUUCCGAUCACUCCAGGAACGACGACGCGUCUCCUCUCGACGCACCUUCCCCUCUCCCCACCUCUCAGCCACGCAACCCAGGUUCCCCGUUUCCCCUCGACCCUUCCUUGAACGAACGUGCAACAGAGUCUGCAGAUUCCGCUGCAGACCAGAACAGCCCGCCCGCCACAUCCGAGCUAGCGUGCACCAACUGUGGUACCGUCACCACCCCCCAGUGGAGGCGUGGUGACGACGGAAAGUCAAUCUGCAACGCGUGCGGCCUCUACUUCAGGACAAAGCACGUCCCGCGUCCUCUUUCUCUCGGUCGCACCUCCACAUUGCAGUCUGCUACUCAUCCGAACGCAAAGCAAGGCACAUCUAGUCCGCUCCAGUCCCAGGCCCAGAACCCGAACCAGACACAAGGCCAGGACCAGACCCGACGUAGAACCGCGUCCCCUUCCACCAUGCCAACGCCCGCUGCAUCGCCGUCUCUCAAGGGUCAGGUCGCGGACGUCACUCGGACUCCUGCUUUGAAGCACCCAGGUGGCACAUCUGCUUGCGAUGGGUGCCCCACUUAUAACAACGCGAUUCAAGCAGGCUCACUCGAGGCGGCAAACGGUCAGACCCCGACACAAAAGGCAGAUACCUCCGCCGCGGAAGCCGGAGCUGAAACGUCCGGUGCCGAGUCGUCGCCCGUUAUCAGCGCACUGGCCGGUAACAAUCGGUCGAGGGUCAGGAGCCAAGUCGGUGCGCUCAGUUGCGCCAACUGCCACACCAGCACUACUCCACUAUGGCGGAGAGACGAUGUGGGGAACAACAUUUGUAACGCUUGCGGUCUCUACUUCAAACUUCACGGCACCCACCGUCCGAACUCGAUGAAGAAGACAGUCAUCAAGCGCAGGAAACGCGUACCUGCCGCCCCCGGUGCUCCCAGUUCCCCCACACCGCAAGACCGCAUGACGGACCAAGCCGCGGCAGAGGUGCUUGCUAGCGUUGGUCGCGCGCUUCCCUCUGGUUCGACCGGUGCACAGACGGAGAGCGAAGAGGAGCAGCCGAAGAAGCGCGCUCGUCGCCCUCGUGCGUCGAAGGCACGUAACCAGGACCAAGACGGGGACGAAGACGACGACAACGAUGGCAAACCGAGGAAGGCACGUCGGACAACCGCUCGUACCUCGGCGCGUGUAGGUUCCCGGGACAACAACGGCAUGACCCAGGCGGGUCAGUGGGGGGAGACAAUGAUGCAGGGCAUGGAGGCUGGUAUGUCGCAGCAAGACCUGGAACGCUACGGACCUGGCGCCCCGCGUGGAAACCCCUUCCCUCAUGCCCACCCGAGCCAAGCGCUCCCUACUCUGAUCGCUGCGCUAGGCCCCGACGUCGUAACGAGUCUUAUGAACUCGCAAUACGGUAACGUCCCGCCCCCGCCCCCGAGCAGUUAUAUCCGCUCAGGCUCCGCACAAGGUGGCGGCUCGCCGAGUCGGACGCAAUCCCCACUCGCUAUCCAUGCGCUCACCGCCCCACCACCUGGCGCGGCCUAUGGUAUCCCCCCGCCGCUGCACGUUCCCGGAUCAGGACCCCCGGCCCCGUUCGCCGUCGGACAUGUCGGCCCCUCGUUUUACCACAGCGGACCUCCCCCUGUGAUGGUGGAGGGCGUGGCGCACGUGCCGAGCGUCGCGGAACUCGACCACCACUACCGGAUACUGGCGGAGGAGCGCAAGCGUCUGGAGGACAUGCUGGAGCGGACGAACAGGAUGAUGGCGGGCGUGCAGCGCGGGUUGGAGGAGAUGCGCGCCGCAGAGGGUGGAGGUCAGCCAUCGGACCCUCAAGCGGCGACGUCGUCAGACACCGUCAUGGCGGAACCAAGCGAGGGGGCGGCCGCAGUUCCGCUCGCGCGGCAGGAGAAGAGCGCGAAGGAGGGCCCUACCGCGCCGGUGUGGCACGUCGCACCACCGGCGUCGGCGUCCCCCAUACGCGAGUGA